AUGGGGAGGAAGUCGAGCAAAGCAAAGGAGAAGAAGCAGAAGCGGUUGGAGGAGCGAGCAGCCAUGGAUGCCGUCUGUGCCAAAGUGGAUGCAGCCAACAGGCUUGGCGACCCUUUAGAGGCUUUCCCCGUGUUCAAGAAAUAUGAUCGAAACGGCUUAAACGUCUCCAUUGAGUGUAAGCGAGUGUCUGGACUGGAGGCGGCCACGGUGGACUGGGCCUUCGACCUGACCAAAACUAACAUGCAGACCAUGUAUGAGCAGAGUGAGUGGGGCUGGAAGGACCGAGAAAAGCGGGAGGAAAUGACCGAUGACCGAGCCUGGUACCUCAUUGCUUGGGAAAACAGUUCCGUCCCCGUUGCCUUUUCCCACUUCCGGUUCGACGUGGAGUGUGGGGAUGAAGUGCUGUACUGCUACGAAGUGCAGUUGGAAAGCAAGGUGCGGAGGAAAGGCCUGGGGAAGUUCCUCAUCCAGAUUCUGCAGCUCAUGGCCAACAGCACACAGAUGAAGAAGGUGAUGUUAACAGUAUUUAAGCACAAUCAUGGCGCCUACCAGUUCUUCAGAGAAGCACUGCAGUUUGAAGUCGAUGACUCUUCCCCCAGCAUGUCUGGCUGCUGCGGGGAGGACUGCUCCUACGAGAUCCUGAGCCGGAGGACCAAGUUUGGGGACAGUCAGCAUUCCCAUGCUGGUGGGCACUGUGGUGGCUGCUGCCACUGA